CGUUCCGUACGAAGGCGAGGUCAAGAGGAAAGUAGACAGGUGGACAGGAGCUGGGGCAGCAUCUUUCACACUCGUCCUCGAGCGAGCACCUCGUCCAGAGUUCAUCUGUGUUUUGGUGUGUAUGUUUGUGUGUGAGUGAACUGGUGGAUGCGCGUGUAGAGUUAGAGAAAGGGCGGGGUGCCGGGACGAGGACGGGAUAGCGCAGGAAGUAUAUUUGGGUUACACGAGGGAUCGCGAGCGGACGAGGGAACUCUAGAUGUGGUUUUGUUGUAACUGAGUUUAAACAGGACAGGACUAUCUAUGGACAGGACUUUUGUGGAGGAGGAGGAGGAGGAGCUUUCGGACGCCGAGAAUGAGCGGGUGAACGUCCGGUGGGCGGAGAUGUUGCCCGAGACUCUCGUCGAAGUGAUGAGGAGGUUGCCUUCGAGGGAACUUCUGCAGACUGUGCCUCAAGUUUGUAAAGCUUGGAGAAAGGCUUUGCUGGAUCCUGCCUGCUGGCAGGUUGUCGAUCUCAACGACUGGUGCAUUUCGGCCGGGGGAGGUGAAAUUGUCGAGCGCAUGGUGAAAUUGGUUGUGUCUCGGAGCUGUGGUGGGAUUCGGGAGCUGCGUGUGACGAAUUUGGACAGCGAUGCCAGUUUGCACUAUCUCGCGCAGAGUCGUCUGAAUUCGUUGAGGACGCUCUGCAUUCCUUCCUCGAAGAUAACUGAGGAUGGCCUUUGUGAACUCAUUUUGACCUUGCCUUCACUUGUGCAUCUAGACAUUAGCGAGUGUAGCGCAAUAAAAUGUAAAGCGUUGGAAGUUAUUGGUCAGACCUGCAAGUCACUCAUCAGACUGGACAUGUGGACUUUGCAUCUGUUACGUAUAUCACUCGGAACCGAAGAUGACUCGGAAGCCCUGGCCAUUGCACAUAACAUGCCCAAGCUUAAACACCUGGAGAUUGUAUCAGGUUUGUUGACUGACGCAGGGCUGAUCGCCAUCCUGGAUAAGUGUCCUGAUUUGGAGUACCUGGAUGUUAGACUUUGCCGUUACGUGAGGUAUGAGUUUAGCAUGUCUUCAAAAUGCCAGAAAGUGCGCCAGGUCAUCGGAUGGAGCGCUGAAGGAUCUGACUCUAAUUACGAUGAAGACGAUGACGACGAUGCGGAAGAGUGGGACAACGAUUUUAUGGAAGAUGGAUUUGACUGGUAUUUAUAGCUGUGGAGCUCGGGAAGUUCCACUACGAAGAGAACUAAUCAGUCUCGGUAUGCGCAACGAUUUUGGAGACAGUAGUGCUCGAUUUAGAUGCAGGUCUCACUGAAGGGAUAUGACAUGUUAGUUCUGUAAUGUCGAGAUUUUCUUUCUCUCCUCAUUUUAUUUGUUUCCCCCAGGAUCUCACAGGAUGUGGUAGACGCAUGUCUCCGUCCUCAGGCAGUGAAAGAGUCCAUCAGUCAUUAGGAUAAUAGCAGAAAACUGAACGGUCCUUCAUGACACCUACGUAGCAGAAAGCUAGCAUUUCUGUGUACAUGUCGGAUUGAGUCUCGCCCCGCAGACCAAUUGUUCGUACUUCAUGACCCUUUUACCAGGAAAAGUGGUCGUAUAUAUGUCUAGUGAGAAAUCUCUCAUUUUGAUAAUUUUGUAAGCCUGGGAAUAUUGUUUCUUAAGCUUUCCUCCAUACUAAUGUUAUCACUAAGUUGUGUUCUUGAAAAUGU